UUUCUGUGCACAUGCGCGAUGGCGGUUCCAUCGAUUUUGUGGAAGAAGAAUUUUUUCCAAUAAUUUGGACAACCACACAUAUGGGUAGUUAAAAUUCUAAGUGUUUUAGUAAAAUUACGACGUAAUGUUCUCGUAUUUUUUUAUAUUGAUUAUGAAGGAUUGAUAUACAUACUCUUUAAGAUGACAUAGAAUUACUGAAGAUAUACGUUAUCGUCUUGGGCGAUACACACAAUGGCAGCUAAGGAAGACAAAAAAGGCUUGUUAGAAGCAGAAGAACGUGUAGAUACAUCAGCAGAUGUCGCGGAAGAAAUCCAUGAUGCUCCUUCCCAACCGAGCAGCUGGAAAUCAAGUAAAUUUACGACGUCGCGGAAGAAACCAUGUCCGGACUAUUUUGGUGUGAAGUCGUAUCUGCACGACUUUUACGAAGCAACUUACAAAGACCCAUCGAUUUAUGAGGAAGAAGAGGACUUCCGGUUCCUGUUGCGUUCUAAUCAACGUCGACGAAGAUGUCCUCAAAUAUGGUGGAAAAUUUUCAUGUGGCUUGGUGUAAAUUUGCUCGUAUUUGGAAUUUUAGGGAUUCUUGUUGGAUAUCUAGUGCCGCAAAAAUCGAUUUUCUCUAAAGUAGAUGAAGAAAACAGUGAAGGAUAUGUUGAUCGAAGUGCAAUGGCUUUUAAUACGACUUUAGAUAUAUGUAAAUUGAUUGGAUUAAUUCUUUUCUGUAUCGGCGGAAUGACUCUUGCUAUGGCUCUGCUGUUUCCAAGUUUUCUGACGUCAUACUGUGAUGAGGACCCAGCAGACGACAAUUUCAGAGUGAAGCUUGACGAUGAGACAACUCCACUCAGUCCUGUCGAAAUGUCAAUUCCGAAAUCAUCAAAGGUGAAAAGUGUUCAGCCGUUGCGUACAGUACCGGAAGCUGUUGUGACUAACGAAGGCGUCGUGGAAUACAGAGACUAAGGAAGACUAUCUCAUCCUUUGUAGAAAUGAUUAUUUUUAGAUGGCUUUACGUGUUUGGUACAUUGAAUAGGUGUGAUAUUACAAUAUUUACAUUCGAAAAUGGCAAACAGUUUAAACUUUAUUUUACUAGCCAAAAUUAGAGUUCAUACGAUUAAAAAUGGUUGUGUUUAUAAACUGGAAGAAUAAAUAUUCCAUCGAA